AUGGCUACAGCCUGUGAGGACUCGCAGGGCUGUCCAGAGGAUGUGACCAUGCAGGUGUUACGACUUCAUGCCCCGUGGUUUGAGGAGGUACUUACACCGGCGAUGUAUUAUCACGACCCUCGCCCAGACGACGACACGCCCGAUGACGACGCCACCGUCAUCGACUCUUCUAUGCAUGGCAGCUCAAGUCAGGUUUCUCUGACCUCCGAUUGUUCAUGCCGCUCUGACGGGUUUGAGUUUGAUUCUGAACUGGUGCAUACUUUGACAGCUGCUUUCAAUGACAUGGGGGAGCGGGCCAACCAGCUGGCGUACACCUGUCUGCAUACAGGGUUCGUUACCUUUAGUCAGUUGCAGCAGCUCAGCCUUUUACUGCCGAUCGAUGCGAAACCGCGCAAGCACAUUUUGGACAGCUGUCACAACGACUCGCACUGCCAGGAGACCCGUUGCUUCACAGCAGGUGCCUACAUCUUUGGUGGAGAAGCGGGGAUCCGUACAAGCAUGCGUACCUUCUUCUGGGUGACGAGACUACUCUGCUGUAUAGUCAAAUCUGCUGCGGGUUCGAGGCCCUUUACAACUGUCACACUCUCGCUGAACCAGCAGUCUGGGGUUCAUGUGGAUGCGCACAACAGCCGGACUUAUCACAACAUCGUGAUUCCAGCCGGCUAUUGGGACGCUGGCGAACUCUGGGUCUACAAUGACAAUGGUUGCAACACGUUUCCAGGUACAGAGCUGCAAGGCGAUGUAGUGCCAGUUAGGCAUCCUUAUACCAUGCUGGAUGCUACGCAACCGCAUGCAGUGUUUGACUGGACGGGGGAGAGGACGGUCGUCAUUGGUUUUCACAUCCGAGAUGCAUGGAGACUUCAGAAGGAUGAUCUCGCAUUGCUUGCUGAUGCUGGCUUUCAUGUCCGAACCUGUGAGCGCGUAACUGACCCGUACAUGUCGGUCAUUGAGGUACAGUGA